AUGGAGGCCAAAGGAAGGAACGUGCCAUCAGAGCUGAGCUUCCUGCCGCGUCCGGCGCUGGUGUGGUGCGAGCGAGGCAUUCAAGUGCUGCUGACGACGGUGGGGGCCUUCGCCGCCUUCGCCCUGAUGACGGUGGCCAUCGGCACCGAUUACUGGCUGUACGCGCGCGCCUUCAUCUGCAACAGCACCGCCAACUCGUCUUCGGCGCAGGACGACGCUGCUGCCGCCGCCGCCGCUGCCAAAGACAAGAAGGAUCCCGGCGCGCUCACACACUCAGGACUCUGGAGGAUCUGCUGCCUCGAAGGUUUGAAGCGUGGCGUGUGCUCCCAGAUCAAUCAUUUCCCAGACGACGCCGACUACGACCAAGACGCCGCCGAGUAUCUGCUGCGUGUGGUGCGUGCCUCCAGCAUGUUCCCCAUCCUGAGCGCCGUGCUGCUCCUGCUGGGCGCCGUCUGCGUGGCCUCCAGCGGCUUCUACAAAAGCAAAAGGAACGUCAUCCUGGGAGGAGGAAUUCUCUUCGUGGCCGCAGGGCUGAGCAACAUUAUCGGCGUGAUCGUUUACAUCUCGGCGGCACUGAGCGACAUUUCGCCGCGAAAGGACGAAGACAAGAAGUGGCACUACUCCUACGGCUGGUCCUUCUACUUUGGCGGCCUCUCCUUCAUCCUGGCCGAGAUGGUGGGCGUCCUGGCCGUCAACAUCUACAUCGAGAAGAACAAGGAGCUGCGCUGCCGCUCGCGCGCCGACCUCUUCAAGAGCACCACGCACGCCGUGCUGCGUCUUCCCAGCUACCGCUUCCGCCGCCGCUCGCGCUCCAGCUCGCGCUCCACCGAGCCGCCUCCCUCGCAGCAGACCUCGCCCGUUGGCGCCAAGACCUUCAGCCUGCCGCCCUCCGCGCCCCCCUUCUCCGUGGCCACCCUGCCUAACCCACACCACGCUAGCGCUAGCGGCGACAUCUCUAUGUACACCCUGUCCAGGGACGCCAAGCUGGGCAGCCUGGGCGGAGGAGCGCCGCCUCUCUACGGCACCAUGGACCGCGCCGCCCUCUACCAGAUGCACAACUACUUCCCCAAGGACGGCGGGAGCGGGGGCAGCGGAGGCGGCACGCUCCCCUCGCACUCCAAGUCUAAUUUGGCGGCCGCCGCCCAGAACGCCGCCCCGCUGAAUAGCACCGCCUCCGGCGGGAGCGCCGCCACCACCGCGCAGGCGCCCGCCCCCGCCGCCGAGCGGGGCAACGUGGGCACGCUGGACCGACUGACGGCCAAGAGGGAUCGCGACAGCAACUCCGAUACGCUCAACAGGAAAACCACGCCCGUCUGA